AGAGGUUUGUUUGAGUGCGCGCCAUGGCAGCAACGUGCACGAGGAGGGCUGACACCCGAGCGGUCCGAUGUAAAUCACUGCAAUGGCGUAGGAGGAGUAGGGGAGGGGAGGGCGUGGAGGACACCGGCUACAGCCCUGCCUCCUCACUGCAUGCGAACACACAGCUGAGGAGACACACGGCAGGCACGAAAGAAGACCGAGCACCAUCACAGGGGCAACAAAGGGACGCAUGGUUCAUUUAUGCGAAGGUAUCAAAUUAAUUGACACCACUUCUGUUUACAUAAACGUUUUUUUUUGCAUCUGUACUCACCUCAAAGGGUGUAAAAGCACUGCACCGUCAUGGAGCUGGAGCACUUUGAUGAGCGGGAAAAGGCUCAGAGAUAUACCCGAAGGGGGUCAAGAGGGAAUGGGCUCCCCAGUCCCACUCAUAGCGCUCACUGCAGCCUGUACAGAACCAGGACCCUGCAAGCACUCAUCUCAGAAAAGAAGGCCAAGAAGAUUCGUUUCUACCGCAAUGGGGACCGCUAUUUCAAAGGGAUUGUGUAUGCCAUUUCUCAGGAGAGAUUUAGGUCUAUUGAAGCACUCCUGGCUGACCUCACAAGAUCUCUGUCAGAUAAUGUCAAUUUGCCACAAGGUGUGCGGACCAUAUAUACCAUUGAAGGGACAUCAAAGAUCACCUCAAUGGACCAGCUGGUGGAAGGGGAGAGCUAUGUUUGUGCAUCCAUAGAACCCUUCAAGAUGCUAGACUACACAAAGAAUGUAAAUCCCAACUGGGCAGUCGGUGCUAGGACUGCUGCAGCCCUCCGUGACCCUUCUUCCCUUGGUAGCUCCAAGACUGGAUCCCCAGAAACCAGGGAGGGCAAGGACUUUAUUAAGCCCAAACUGGUAACCAUUGUCCGCAGUGGAGUAAAGCCUCGAAAGGCCGUAAGGAUCUUGCUCAACAAGAAGACUGCCCACUCCUUUGAGCAAGUCAUGACUGACGUCACAGACGCCAUCAAGCUGGACUCUGGAGUCGUCAAAAGACUAUAUACUGUUGACGGCAAGAUGGUUACAUGCCUUCAGGACUUUUUUGGGGAAGAUGAUAUAUUCUUUGCCUGUGGGCCUGAGAAGUUCCGUUAUCAGGAUGACUUCAACUUGGAUGAAACUGAGUGCAGGGUGACAAAGUCUUCAUCAUAUGGCCGCCUCCCCUCCGUGCAGGGUCUCUCUUCCCCAAGAGGUGGUGGGAUGUCCCGCAGGAGUAAGUCUCCUUCAUCCACUGGUUCGGCUAAUGGCACUGCAGGCAGUCAGCUGUCCACACCUCGAUCUGGAAAGUCUCCAAGAUCCUCUCCAACCAGUCCAGCUAGCCUCCGAAGACGACGGGGAUCUCAACACAGUGGCUCUUCACUCUCUUUAGCUUCUACCAAGGUUUGCAGCUCAAUGGACGAAGGAGAUGGGCCUGGUAGUGAGGCUGAGCCAAUGGAUGAGUACCCCUCAGUACCUGCUUCCAUAGCAGAGAGAUACAAAGUGGGGAGGACAUUAGGGGACGGAAACUUUGCUGUGGUGCGAGAGUGUGUGGAGAGAUCCACUGGGAGAGAGUAUGCUCUGAAGAUCAUCAACACAGAUAAAUGCAGGGGAAAGGAGCACAUGAUCCAGAGUGAAGUGUCAAUCCUUCGGCGCGUGAAACAUCCCAACAUCGUACUUCUGAUUGAGGAAAUGGACACCUAUAGUGAGCUCUUUCUUGUAAUGGAGUUGGUUAAGGGGGGCGAUCUCUUUGAUGCAAUCACCUCCUCAAACAAGUACACAGAGCGAGACGCCAGCUGUAUGCUAUUCAAUCUGGCAAGUGCCAUCAAGUACUUGCACAGCCACAAUAUUGUCCACAGAGACAUAAAACCAGAAAACCUCUUGGUGUUUGAACAUCACGAUGGUAGUAAGUCUCUGAAGCUAGGUGAUUUUGGCUUGGCUACGGUUGUCAACGGGCCCCUCUAUACUGUGUGCGGCACACCCACCUAUGUAGCACCAGAGAUUGUUGCUGAGACCGGGUAUGGCCUCAAGGUUGACAUUUGGGCAGCUGGAGUCAUCACUUACAUACUGCUGUGUGGCUUUCCUCCGUUCCGUGGCAGUGGUGAAGAUCAGGAGGCUCUCUUUGAACAGCUUUUGAGGGGCAAGCUUGAUUUCCCUUCACCUCACUGGGACCAUGUGACUGACACUGCCAAGGCUUUGAUCAGUGGGAUGCUGCAGGUAGAGGUGGAUCAGAGAUACACAGCUGUACAGGUGCUCGAUCACCGCUGGGUCAAUGAUGAUAGUGUCUCGAAGAGUGAGUACCAGCUGCCUGUGGCUGGGAAGAUCAAGAAGCACUUCAACACCGGGCCCAAGCUCAACAACACUACAGCAGGAGUGUCAGUCAUUACAACCACGUCACUUGAUAAGGAGAAGCAAGUUUUCCGACGAAGACGCCACCAGGAUGUGAAGCUCGCUCCCCAACUCCCUCACAGUAUUUCCCCAUCCCGCUUUUCCAACCCCGGCAUCCCCGCCACUGAGUUCCACUCUGAGUCUGAGGACUAUUCCCCUGGUUCGGCAGGGACUGUGCGUUCACUCACCUCUCCGUUCUAACAGCCUUCCAGAGGCCACAGCUCUGUCCACUCCUCCAUGGAAAAGUGGAGAGGGUGCAAAACGGAAAGAUCCACUAUUGGGUUCAGUCUGCUGACUUGGACAUUCACAGAUUGAAUACUGAUCUUUUAAAAAAAAAAAAAAUCCCAGUCACAAUACUUUAAAAAUGCAUUCAUCGGAGUAGAGGACAAGUUAGACUCUGGAUCAAAGAAUAUACCUUUAACGGGCGCUACAUUAAAACAUAACGUAUGCGGAGUGGAUGUUCCAAAAAUACGCUUCCACUAUAAUCAAUGAAACUGGCUACACCGGACACGAGAGCAACGCGUAGUGGUGUGUAAGCUCCAGGGAAAUCCGCUCUAAAAGCGU